UCGGACGGGUAAUUGCCGGAAUCUAAAUUUCGGAUAAGUGGAAGGCCCAUAAGAUUGUCUUAAAAACACGUUAUACUCUUCUAAUAAUCACGUUUUGAUCUCCAAUGCUCCAACUCUUACGGUUCAGUUCUGUCUGUCCUGUGCAAAGCCCCUCUGUCUUCCCUAGAAACUGGAAAAAGGUUAAAAACCAAUGAGCGCGCCUCCUCUCCCGGCUCUGAAGAAGCCCAAGGUGGAGACCAAUGAUGAGAUUGAACCAGAGCUACUAUCAACAUCAACAACCACAAGGAAAAUGGACGAUAACAACUCCCACUACAGCAACGACGACAUCGAAAGCCGACGAGAGCAAGAAGAGGCACUAGUCGCCCUGUUCGAGCACCGUACCAACGAAGUCAAACAUCUUAGGCAGCGCAUCGCCUAUUACCAAUCUCAGCUUGAGGAAGCAGAGAAGAGGUUGCAUGAUUCACAAUCCAAAUUGGCUCGCCUUCGAAGCCGAAGUAACGCUGUGCCAUCUAAAGCUUCUUUGGAGAAUGGAACGAAAAAUGUGAAGGUGGAGCGGAGAUCAACUAGUCCUAUCCCUAUACAUGAAGCUUCUUCUAGAAACCUGCCUAAAUCUAAACCAGAACUUUUAAUUCCUGCUGUGAAUCCAAAAAUUCCUCAGGUGAUAAAAUCUUCAAAUGAUUCUGGUACUCAAGCCAGUCCAUCAGUUUCCACUCAAUCUAAUAGUCCUAUAAGGGUAAAAGGGAACAAACCUUCUAGAGUUUCUUCUCAGAUGGAAGUUGUUGAAAUUGAGGAUAAAGGAACAAAAAGAAAGUUUGAACAGAAAGAACACAAAGAAUUGAUUCCAUUGAUACGCAGAACUUCUUCUCCAUGCAUAAUCCGCUGCCAUGCGAACAAUCACAUUUCCAGUCAACACAAGAGAAAGUUGAGAUGUCUUGCUUUGUGUCCAGUGAAUGAUCAGCUUUUUGUGACCAGUUCUUUGGAUGGAUUCGUCAAUUUGUGGCAAGUUCAGUCCAGGGGGUCAAGUGCCUCUCUACUUAGCUCUACUGAUUGUGCAUCCCCAAAGCACAGGAGAUGGCCAGAAGAUGUAGCCUGGCAUCCACAGGGAAACAGCUUAUUUUCCGUUUACAGUGCUGAUGGUGGAGAUUCUCAGAUAUCAGUUCUAAAUCUCAAUAAGACACAAGGGGUAAGAGAUGUAACUUUCUUGGAGGCUAAGCCUCAUGUUAAGGGUAUUAUUAACAGCAUAUCGUUCAUGCCCUGGGAAGAUGCCGUUUUGUCACUGGCUGACAGUGAUCAUGCAGUUCUACUUUGGAAUGAUAACGAUGGGGAGAUUUCAUGGAAACCAAAGGCGUUGCACAGGAAUAUGCAUUCAUCUGCUGUUAUGGGAGUUGCAGGGAUGCAGCAAAAGCAGAUUGUUCUGUCUGCUGGGGCUGACAAGCGAAUUAUUGGGUUUGAUGCACAAGAAGGAAGACCACAUUUCAAGCAUCUAAUAGAAAGUAAAUGCAUGAGUGUCCUGCCAAAUCCAUGUGACUUCAAUUUAUUCAUGGUUCAGACAGGAACUCCUGAAAGGCAGCUCCGAUUGUUUGAUAUCCGAUUGAGACAGACAGAAAUCCAUGGUUUUGGGUGGAAGCAAGAAAGCAGCGAAUCUCAGUCGGCACUGAUAAAUCAGGCUUGGUCUCCUGAUGGUUUAUACAUAACAUCUGGUUCAGCAGACCCCAUGAUUCACAUCUUUGAUAUCAGGUAUACCGCUAACAAGCCUUCCCAGUCAGUAAAAGCCCAUCAGAAACGUGUCUUCAAAGCUGAAUGGCUCCACUCUGUCCCACUUCUCAUUUCCAUAUCUUCUGAUCUCAACAUUGGAUUGCACAAGAUCACCUAAAUCCUCCAUCCUGGUGUUUACAUAUAUGCCCAUAAGAAGAAUUUUGUCUCGUGCUCCUCAUGUUGCUUUGGCACUGAAGUUCCCUAGCUUCUUCGUAAGUCGAUAAACUUUUUGGAGGUUCAUUUUUGCACAAUUAAGCAAAAGUUGCUGUUGGUAUGGCGGGAAAAGAUGUAAGCUUUGGGUUUGAUAUUUUGAUCUGGUGUUGGCCACUUACGAUCUUAUGACACCCCUGCCAUUGAGUCAUGAUAAUUGGUUACAAUUUUUUUGGGAGGAAAAAUGUAGUGCAACUUGUUUUAUUAUUCCAAUGUUUGUUUUGUCUACAAUUUGAUGCUGCAUUCUGUUUGUGGUUCACUUUCACGUUUAUUCUGAGAGAGUGAAUCAUAAUUGUUGGAGACAGGAAAUGGCUUGAAAACUUUGUAAUUAGACUACACGCCACGAAGGAAUAUUGUUUGACCAUGUUUCUUGUUCCAUCUUUC